UUGCGGGGAGGCUGAGAGGGGCGCAUGCAACAACAACUUUUGGAAGGAUGGAAGAGAAGAGGCGAAAAUACUCCAUCAGCAGCGACAACUCUGACACCACUGACAGUCACGCUACAACUGCAUCACGAUGCUCCAAACUGCCCAGCAGCACCAAGUCGGGCUGGCCCCGGCAGAACGAAAAGAAGCCCUCAGAGGUUUUCCGGACAGACUUGAUCACAGCCAUGAAGAUCCCAGACUCCUGCCAGCUCAGCCCGGAUGACUACUACAUCCUGGCCGACCCGUGGCGACAGGAAUGGGAGAAGGGCGUGCAGGUGCCCGCGGGGGCAGAGGCCAUUCCAGAGCCCGUGGUGAGGAUCCUCCCGCCGCUGGAAGGCCCCCCUACCCAGGUGUCCCCUAGCAGCUCUGAACUUGGUGAGGGCUCCCAGCCUGAUUGGCCUGGGGGCAGCCGCUAUGACCUGGACGAGAUUGAUGCCUACUGGCUGGAGCUCAUCAACUCGGAGCUCAAGGAGAUGGAGAGGCCCGAGCUAGACGAGCUGACACUGGAGCGUGUGCUGGAGGAGCUAGAGACCCUGUGCCACCAGAAUAUGGUGCGGGCCAUCGAGACUCAGGAGGGCUUGGGCAUCGAGUAUGAUGAGGACGUCGUCUGUGAUGUGUGUCGCUCUCCCGAGGGUGAAGAUGGCAAUGAGAUGGUCUUCUGUGACAAAUGCAACGUCUGCGUGCACCAGGCAUGCUACGGGAUCCUCAAGGUGCCCACGGGCAGCUGGCUGUGCCGGACGUGUGCCCUGGGUGUCCAGCCAAAGUGCCUGCUCUGCCCCAAACGAGGAGGAGCCUUGAAGCCCACCAGAAGCGGGACCAAGUGGGUGCACGUCAGCUGCGCUCUGUGGAUUCCUGAGGUCAGCAUUGGGUGUCCAGAGAAGAUGGAGCCCAUCACCAAGAUCUCGCAUAUCCCAGCCAGCCGCUGGGCUCUGUCCUGCAACCUCUGCAAGGAGUGCACAGGCACCUGCAUCCAGUGUUCCAUGCCUUCCUGCGUCACAGCGUUCCACGUCACGUGCGCCUUUGACCAUGGCCUGGAAAUGCGGACUAUCUUAGCAGACAACGACGAGGUCAAGUUCAAGUCGUUCUGCCAGGAGCACAGUGACGGGGGGCCUCGGGGGGAGCCCACUUCCGACCCCACGGAGCCGAGCCCUGCCGGCGAGGACCUGGAGAAGGUGACCGUGCGCAAGCAGCGGCUGCAGCAGCUGGAGGAGGACUUCUACGAGCUGGUGGAGCCGGCCGAGGUGGCCGAGCGGCUGGAGCUGGCUGAGGCGCUGGUUGACUUCAUCUACCAGUACUGGAAGCUGAAGAGGAAAGCCAAUGCCAACCAGCCACUGCUGACCCCCAAGACCGACGAGGUGGACAACCUGGCCCAGCAGGAGCAGGAUGUCCUGUACCGCCGCCUCAAGCUCUUCACACACUUGCGGCAGGACUUGGAGAGGGUUAGAAAUCUGUGCUACAUGGUGACAAGGCGCGAGAGAACGAAGCACGCCAUCUGCAAACUGCAGGAGCAGAUAUUCCACCUGCAGAUGAAACUGAUUGAACAGGACCUGUGUCGAGGCCUGUCCACCUCCUUCCCCAUCGAUGGCACCUUCUUCAACAGCUGGCUGGCUCAGUCAGUGCAGAUCACGGCGGAGAACAUGGCCAUGAGCGAGUGGUCACUGAACAACGGGCACCGCGAAGACCCUGCUCCGGGGCUGCUGUCAGAGGAGCUGUUGCAAGACGAGGAGACGCUGCUGAGCUUCAUGCGGGACCCCUCGCUGCGACCUGGGGACCCUGCCAGGAAGGCCCGGGGCCGCACCCGCCUGCCUGCCAAGAAGAAGCCACCACAGGAUGGGCCUGGCUCACGGACGACUCCAGACAGAUCCCCCAAGAAGCCCUGGGGCCAGGAUGCAGGCAGCGGCAAGGGGGGGCAGGGGCCAGUGGCCCGGAAACCAACGCGGCGAACGCCUUCCCACCUGCCGUCUAGCCCUGCAGCUGGGGACUGUCCCAUCCCGGCAGCCCCCGAGAGCCCCCCGCCUCUGGCCCCCGAGGUCCCGGACGAGGCAGCCCCAAUGGCUGCCGACUCGAAUGUCCAAGUGCCUGGCCCUACAGCGAGCCCCAAGCCCUUGGGCCGGCUCCGGCUGCCCCGCGAAAACAAGGGAACCCGGAGAUCGCCAGGUGCCAGGCCUGAUGCUGGGACAGGACCGCCCUCUGCUGUGGCCGAGAGGCCCAAGGUCAGCCUACACUUUGACACUGAGACCGAUGGUUACUUCUCUGAUGGGGAGAUGAGCGACUCAGAUGUGGAAGCUGAGGACAGUGGGGUGCAGCGGGCUCCCCGGGAAGCAGGGGCUGAGGAGGUGGUCCGCAUGGGGGUGCUGGCCUCCUAAGUCACCCCCUACCCCGUCCCAGGCCCUGCCCUGGUCCUCCCGUGAGGCCUCAGCCCAGUCACAACUGCCAUUUUCAAUCUCUGCUGAGUGUCUCAGACCCUUGAGACUGCCACUCUGUUGUGGUUUUAUUUUUAAUAUAGAGAGAGUUUUGAAUUCCAC